AUGUUACGUACGUUAAUCUUGGUUGCUAUUACCUUGUUGGGAUUCCUACCGACUUGUGUGCUUACCAUAAUGACUAUGGGAACAGACUGGGAUAAACAGGUGUCUGUUUCGCAAGGACGUCUGAACCGUUGGGUUGAACCAGAAUCACGAGGUCAAAACCAAACUUCACCAAGAGUAUAG